CGGUAAUUUCAGUCAGGAAUGUUCGCGGUCAGUCCCUCAUGUGACCGUUGGGGGUCCUGACUCGGCGCGGUGUGGUGUAGUUCAUCAUGGCGGCGAACAGCAGCAACAACACGAGCGAUAAAAGCGGCGGAAAGCUGCCCGCGCCGUCCGCAGAGCAGGUGGUGGCUACUUUCCAGAGGAUGCGACAGGAGCAGCGCAGUAUGGCCUCGAAGGCUGCAGAGUUGGAGAUGGAGAUCAAUGAACACAGCCUCGUCAUAGACACGCUAAAGGAAGUCGACCCGACACGGAAGUGCUUUCGCUUAGUUGGCGGUGUGCUGGUGGAGAGGACCGUCAAAGAAGUUCUGCCUGCGUUGGAAAACAAUAAAGAACAGAUCACGAAGAUCGUGGAGUCGCUUAACUCACAGAUGCAGGCGAAAGGGCGGGAGCUGACGGAGUACCGCGAGCGCUACAACAUCCGAUUAGUCGGCGAGGACGACAAACAGGGCAAAGCGGACGCCAGUCCAGCCAAAGAGAGCGAAGGAGGCUCGAAAGGCGGCGCCGGAGUGCUCGUCUCCUAGUGGAUUUUUCUUUAAACGCUGGUUAGAAUAUUUGCGGAGAGACUGAGUUGGCAUGUUUCUAUUAAGUCUUACAGGUGCCAGUCAUAAAACACGAAAGAGAGUGAAAGGCUCGGUUUUCAUGCACGUUUUGUUAAGACACGGCUCACAACAACACCUUUCCUAUCCGAACAUUUACAG